AUGGGGGCAGAGCCCGCCCACCGGGCACAGCCCACCAGGGCAUCUAGGGCGGGCGGGGAGGUCGUGACGGACAACAAGCGCAAGGGAGAUGCGAUUAUCUGCGCGGCGUGUCCAGAGUUCAUGGUCACGGCGCGGCCAGGGGCCACUUGGAAGCUCAGCCAGUUUACCAUCGGCAAGGAGCUCGGCGCGGGAUUCGCGUCCGUGGUCUACGCGGCGACCUGUCGCCUCACCGGCCACCCGUGCGUCCUCAAGGUCUACAAGAAGAACGUGCACGAGGUCCUCGAGAUGCAGAUCGGGCGAGAAAUAUCCAUCCAUUCGUCGAUUAAGCACCCGCACGCCAUUGACCUGUACGCGGCCUUCGAGGACGAGCAAAACCACUACCUCAUCCUCGAGUACAUGCCCCACGGCGACCUCUUCGCGUACCUCGAGCUGCGGAAGAAGCUCGACGAGCCGUCGACGGUCCGCAUCGUCGUCGAGCCGAUGUUGCAAGUCCUCAAGUCGCUCCACUCGGAGGGCAUCAUUCACCGCGACAUCAAGCCGGAGAACAUCAUGCUGAGCAAGCAGGGCGGGACGGAGAAGAUCAAGCUCGCGGACUUCGGGCUGUCGAUCCGGUUCACGGAGGAGCGGCCCGUGUCGCGCGUCGGCACGCUCGACUACAUGCCGCCCGAGGUGCUGGCGUGCCGCGACAAGGUGCACGUGUGGGAGAACAAGAACAACUUCACGAUGGAGUACGGCAUCAAGGCCGACGUCUGGGCGCUCGGCAUCCUCGCGUACGAGUCGCUCUUCGGCUGGCCGCCCUUCUCGGCGUCGGACGUGAACGAGAUGCGCUCGAAGCUCCGGAAAGAGGUCGUCGGGUUCCCGAACACGCGCGUGAGCGACGCGUGCAAGGACUUCAUCCGGCUGUGCCUCACCGCGGACCCCGCGCAGCGCCCCACGUGCACCGAGCUGUUGUUGCAUCCGUGGGUCUCGGGGCACGCGAACCAGCUGUCGCACACGCCGAGCUUCCGCGGGAGCGUCGCGACGUCCGGCCUGAGCCUCGCGCACCGCGACCGCGAGCCCGACAGCAACGGCCUGACCACGUCGAAGAGCACCGGCGCCGUCAAGUCGUCGGCGGCGAACAGCAGGUCGGCCGCGGCGAGCAAGGCCCCGACGACGCCGGGCGGCGCGGCCGCGGGCGGGAAGGAGAAGCGGAAGAGCAUCCUCGCGCGGCUCAAGUCGCGGCUGUGGCACUCCAAGGACGUCGCGCCCGACUCGCUGGACAACGUCGAGGCGCGCAUGGGGAAUAUGAAGCUGGAGAACGGGCGGUCGUGA